AUGAAAUUAAUCAUUAGUUCAUUGAUGCUAUGUGUAGCGGCCACUACGGUCGUAAGCGCUAACGAAUGCGGUCUUAACAGUGUAUGUGUACCUAUAACCGAUUGUCCCCUUAUCCGAGAUAAUUUCAAUUUGAUCAAAAGGAAACCCUAUUGCAAUUUGGAUCGUCCCGGUGCAAAUGUCUGCUGUACGAAGUCAUCACAAAACUAUACGCAACCGAAAUAUGUUGAUUUCCGCGUUGUAAGAGAGUGCAGAUCCUACGACAGUCUACCACGUCUUCAAAAUCGAUUAGGAGAAGGAUGUAAUUAUACAUCUAACUUUGUUGGUCGCGUAGAAGCGGAAGGUAAAGAAUUUCCUUUUAUGGCAUUAAUAUAUGGCAAAAGCGGAGACGUGCCUUCUAAAAUUUGCACUGGCACAUUGAUUAGCAAGAAAUUUGUUUUAACAGCCGCUCACUGUAAGUCUGUCACUAAUCCUCCCUUAACAUUCGUGCGUUUAGGAGAAUUGGAUUAUGUUACUAACGCGGAUGAUGCUUUGGUGCAAGAUAUUGAGAUCAAAAAUAUUAUACCUCAUCCGCAAUAUUACAGAACACCACUAACUUUCUACCACGAUAUAGCUUUGAUUGAAUUGACAAAAGAAGCCAUAUUUAACGAUUACGUACGUCCUGCUUGCCUAUCUCUAGAAGAUGGUAAUGAUUAUCAAGAAUUUCUAGCUGCGGGUUGGGGUUAUCCUCCAUCUACACCUACAACUCAUUUACAUAAAGUGAAAUUGGAUCGUCUCGACGAUAACGUAUGUUUCGCGAAAGUCGUACGUGACAAUUUGGAAGAAGGCAUUAAUAAUCGUACUCAUAUAUGUACGAUCCCUUCUACUGGCAAUAUCGGUAGUUGUCAUGGAGAUAAUGGCGGCGCACUUCUUAUUAAUAGUCCCGAGUUUCCCUGCCAAUUUUCCGUAGUAGGCGUUUACUCAAUCCGUCACGAGGCUUGCGGAAAUAAAGACCAUCCAUCCGUUUACGCCAGAAUCAAUUUAUAUAUCGACUGGAUACAACGUAUCGUUUGGGAUUGAUGUAAAAAACCAAUGCUUUUUAA